GGACGACUUUAAUGUAAGCCUGAACAGUAGCGCCCAUUCUGAAAAUGCCGAAUACGCGUCUUGAUAGCUACUUCCGCGUUAGUAAGACAGCUCAAAAUGUACGACAGGCCAAAAGAACAAUACAUGAAUCUUCUCCUGAAAUAGAGAUAUCCAAAUCAAAGCGACCAGCGUAUCAACGUUUUUCUCACCUUACGAAACCAGCUGAAGUUUCUGUUUCUGAAACCAAGACAGACAAAGUUACUGGCAUACUUCCAGAUGAACAAAGUGAAGUUCGGAGUAGUCCUUCAGUAUGCUUACCGCCUCAGGAAAAGACUGUCCUACAGCCGAAGAAACCUACACAACCGAAGAAAGUGAUUAAGUUGAGAUCAACUCGGUCAUCAGACUUAGUAUCAGAAAAUAAUUUGAAGCCACCCGCAUUUAAACGGUUCGCUUACUUAGCAGAACCUGUCUCUUCACCGGAACCACAGUCGACUGAGCUAAAAACCCCUACUGAAACUUCUGAGAGUGUGUUACCUUCCAAGGAUCUUGAUCUAGCACAAACCGAUUUAACAGUUCCUACUGGUCUUGUCCUUCCUCACAACUUGCGAGUUUUGUUGGAACUUUUUCGGAGCUGUGAUACAGUUGUCAGCAUGCUUCACAAUAGAAAAGAACUUUGUAGUUUCGAUAAACUCCAACCAGCAGUUCAGAAAAUAGUGCAGAGGAAUUUUGAAGAAACUCAUGUUGGUCAAUUUUUAACUGUUUAUCCCAUGGCUUAUUUACUCCGUUAUGUGAAACACAUUGAUAAAUUCACACAUCGAUCAAACGGGAAUUAUGUACUCAUAUUAACGCCUAAUUUACGUACUGAUGGAACACAAGUUGGACAUGAUUCUCCGUCAAAAGGAUUUCUUCCAUUCAGUGGAACACGGCUAAUUCAACGUCGAAAUCGUUUCCACUCACUAUUACUUAAUCUAGUUUUAAAAUCACAUCGGAUAUUUUUAACAUCGGAGCUUGGCAUCGAUCCCUCUAAACUUCCAGAAGAUUCAUCUCUUCGUCGUUGGCAUCCGAAAUUUCCUUUAGAAUCUGCUAUUCCCCCGAUAGCUUCAUCACCAUUGCCUAUUCGACCAUCAGAUUUUGAACAGAAGAUUAUCACAGCAAAAGAUGCUGUUAAAGCAUUUCAAGCUCGUGCUCUAUUUCGUGAAGCUGAUACAUGUCAUCAGAUAUCUUUGUCCAAACAACAACUUUCUCCUAUACCAAGUCCAAAAAAAACUGUCGCUGCAUCACCAAUUAAAAUAUCCACUAAACAAGAUAGUACAGACAAUCUUGUAGGCACUCAAACAGAUUCCAAUGAGUCUAACAAAGGAAUAGUUACUUCAACACCAAGUAAUUUAAAAGGCAUAUCUUUAGCACUUCUCAAUAAAGUGCGUGCCCGAGAAAAUGAGCGACGUCUUCUUACUGAACUUACUUACGGAAAAGUUUCAGAGGCAAGACGAGCUAUAUACUGUCGUUUACCGUUAAUAGUAACUCAAGUUUGGAGCAUUUUACGUUCGUCCAAUGCUCGUCCAAUUCCAUUAUCAACUGUUGCUGUUCGUGUGGCUGACUCUCAUCCUAGUGGAAUUUCUGCAGAUGCUAUCAGUGAACAUUUGGAUGUGUUAUUAGAGCUAGCUCCAUGUUGGAUAGAGAAAUUGAAUUGGUCCACUGUUCAUCUUCGAUUGAAAGAUCCAGAACGAUCAGUGAAAGAUGUUAUCGAUUUGAUCAGAUCAAAAGUUGCUAAAGAUGGUGUGAACAUUUAGUGUGCAUUUGUAACUUUUUUUUUCUUGCUUUUAUAUAUUUUAAUGAUUUUAUUGUCGUGAUCAGUAUAAUGCAUUUAUGUGUUUCAGUCAGUGUGUGUGUGUAUGUGUACUUAUUUAUUUACUGUUAUUUAUAGUAGUAGUAUAUCAUUUUUUAUACUCCUCAUCAUUCUAUGUAUUUUAGGUAUUUUCUGCUGUCUACUUCACUUAUUUUUCAUGGUGAUUGACCUUUGUACGCAUAUAUAUAUAUAUUAUAUAUACG